AUGGUUCCCUGGGUGUUGUCUUCCUCACAACAGCAACACCCAACCAUCCUCCUGCUCUCAGGCCUCUGCCGUCUUCACUACAACCUUUCUCCAGAGAUCGAUCCUGAUCCAUUAUUUCUGGUCCCCAAACCACCAAGCCAGACCCUCCCCGAACCUUCCUGCCCAUUCCCUCUGGGUCCAUUCAGCCAUAAAAACCUUCCUGCUGCCCCGGACACACAGGAUCAAUGGUGUACCUGCCUUUGUGUCUCUGCCCACAACGGCUCCAGACCCUGUGUGGAGGAAAACGAAUAUGAAGUGGUUUCUCUGGAGGAUCUGCCAGGAGAGCUGUCCUAGAUGGGCUCUAACCCCAGUUCCCUCUGCUUUCUUCUGAUGAUUCUAGGUCUGAGGAAGAAAGAACAGACCCCAAAGAGAUUGAGACUCAUUCUGGUGGGGAAAACAGGAAGUGGGAAAAGUGCAACAGGAAACAGCAUCCUUGGCAAAAAAGUAUUUGAGUCUAAACUUAGUACUAGAUCAGUGACCAAGACCUUCCAGAGAGGCAUCCGAGAGUGGGCUGGGAGGGAACUCGAGGUGAUUGACACCCCUGACAUCUUGUCCUCUCUGUUCCAUCGGGAUGUGGAAGCCGGGGAGAUCUGUCAAGCCAUCACCUUCUCCUCGCCAGGGCCUCACGCUGUGCUCCUGGUGACACAGCUGGGCCGAUUCACAGAGGAGGAUAAGCAGGCAGUCAGGCGUCUCCAGGAGAUCUUUGGAGUGGGGAUCCUGGCACACACCAUCCUAGUGUUCACCCGGAAGGAAGACCUCACAGGCCGCUCCUUGGAAGAGUACCUGCACGAGACCAAGAACCAGGGCCUUGCCAAGCUGGAUGUGCUGUGUGAGCGGCGCCACUGUGGCUUCAGCAACAGAGAGGAGAGGGCUGAGCAGGAGGCCCAGCUGCAGGAGCUCAUGGAGAAAGUUGAAGGAAUCCUGUGGGAAACGGAAGGCCACCACUUUAGCAACAGGGCUUACCAAUACUCCCAGCAGUGCCUUCUGCUCAAAGGGGAGCAGGAAACUGGAAUGACCCAGGGGCAGGGCUCUGAGGAAGUGUUCGUCGAGGAGUCCUGCUUGGCAGGGCUGCCCCAAGUUCAAAAGGAGUCUGAGAAAACUCAUAAAUACCUCCUGGGGAGGGUACCCUUUUGA